AUGGACCUGCCUCAUGAGCUCAUCGUCGGCGUGGUCGAAUGUGUCGCCGAUUCGAAAACAUUGGCAAGCCUGUCGACGAGCUGCCGGUUUCUUCAUUCUCUCGCGGAACCGCUCAUCUAUCAUCGCUUCCUGCUCCGGAGCGGAAAGGAGAUGACUAAGCUCGAAAGGAUCCUUUGGUCGCGCAAGGACAGGAUGGCGAUGAUUCGGGAUUUCGACUUUGCUUGCGAUGGUGAGAAGCGGCAGAAUUUCUCCGCCAUGGUCGCGCUUUUAUAUGGCGCCAGCCAAUUACGGAAGUUCAAUUUCGAAAGCCCGAAUUGCAAUCCUGCGGAUUUCGAGGACGAGGAUCAAUGGGAUAAGACGAUCGGUAGAGUGCUCAAUUUGUUCUCUCAAGCCAUCUCGGGAAGCCCGGGCGGUCAUUUCCAUCCGUUCAAACAUCUCAACACACUCACUCUCCAUUGCAACGGACCGUCAUCACCAUUUUGGACCAUACAGAAGAAUACUUUUGCCAUUUUCUUGCUCCCGUCCUUGGAUAACUUGACGUUGUCAUGCGUCAACCUAAACGCGGAGAUUCGCAAAUUCGUUCAAAAUGAGCAUCUUGCUUCGACACCUCUCAAGGCUCUCAAAUUGAUCGAGUGCAACGUCAACCAUCUGGCACUCCAUGCUGUCCUCUCGAUACCCAAGGCUUUGACGCAUCUGGAGAUCGAUGAGGCCUGUCACAAUCUUGUCAACUUUUCCGUCAACAGGUCCUCUCAUCACAACAACUUAUUUGCAAAACAUGCAAGAAAGACCAUGGACGCACUUCGACAACAGAAAGGCUCUCUAGCGUCGCUGACGUACGGCACCACCAUCAAGGACAGAACACCAACCCCCACCGUUCAAGGUGGUGAUGAAGUCGAUGGAGCUUUCAGCGAAUUUACCACACUCCAAACGAUAUGCCUGAGGCGAUCGUCGCCUGUUUUCGAACGUGCCGUCAUGACACUCCACCCACCCCCAAACCUCCAGACGUUGACCAAUACAGGAGCCGCUCCGUUCACCGAUUUCACCCACGACGAAAUGUACGAUCAUCUCAUCGACGACCCCGAGUGCCCGCUCAGCAUUCCCUUCCUCCGUGCCCCCUCAUCAUUCAUCCCCGCCAGUCUCCGCACCCUCGAUGUCAUCGUCGAAGACUCCAGUCGCAGUGGGUAUUUCAAUCGCGAACACUGCCGGAAAUUCAUCGAGGACACCACGAAGCACUUGAAGACCGCCAACUCCAUCGAUCUGAGAGCCUGGGCGCAGGACUCCCCCAGCCGACAUAAUUUCUUCCCGCCAUAUCUUCAUGGUGAGGCGGAAGACCCUCGCGUCCGCGUGUAUAACCCGGACGAGGGAAAGUGGUUGAGCAGAUAUGCGAGGCCCGCUCCGCCGAGAUCGGGCUUUACUGUAGCAGAGGAGCGGAAUUAUUAUCCUCUCCCGAUAUGA